CAAUUGCUCAAAAAAAUAGAACUGUCCAUGCUGCCAAGGGAUAUUCAGGAAAUGUUCAGGUUGCAUUGCAGUUCUGUGAAGGUCUUACAAGAUUUAUGGGUGUUUGUUGUCCACAUUACAUGGCGUGGGAGUCUCCCAAUGUAUCGAGGAGUAGGAAGCCAAUAACUGCAGUUGGCAGGAAUCCAUGUUAGGACUAUGAAAAAGUCAAUUUAGUCGAGGACUUUGCCAUACGGUGAUCGUUAUGGUGUCAAGUAUUCUACAGGCUAACACAAUGCAUAGAUGGCCAUAUCAGAACCGAAGAAACUAUUGUGGGCACGUGACCAGCAAAUUCAAUCAAAUGUCUCAAUGUUCAGGUAAUUUGGCUGCAAGUUAGCCAGUGAUUAACAAGUUUUCAUUUGUACAUACCUGAGUGGGACGACGCACGAAGAAUUGCGCUCAUCUUUUCAAGGUGAAGUGAAUGCAGCCUAUUAUUUGAGAGUACAAAAACGUAUUGGAAGACCACAGCCCAAUAUAUGCGCUGUGGAGCUUGGGAGUGCAGCGAAAUAGGCCGCAGUUUUCUAAAGCAAAACCAUCACCCGUGACAGGUCGCAGCUGUUGUUAUGAUAGUGCAGUGAGGUGCAACCAACCCUCGCAAGCUGCAAAUGAUGGAUCUCCAGGAAGCAGCAAGACUCGAGCUCGGCGAAACACCAGAAAUCAGAAAGGAAUCUCUUGGACGUCUUUGUCAACUUAUAAGAGAGGCGCCAUCACUGGACGUUCCUAACGAUGAAAAAUUCCUGCUGAUGUUUCUUCGAGCCAAGAAGUACAGAGUUGAAGAUGCCUUCAAGGUGUUUCAGAACUACGUCCGCGUCCGUCAAGACGUACCGGACUUUUUCAGAGACCUUACGCCAGCAAACGCACCACUCAGGAAAAUUUCCCACGAGAACCAUCUGGUGAUGACCUCUGCGGACGGCGACGCACAUGGAAGGGGCGUUGCCCUUCUUAGGAUAGGUGCCUGGAAUCCUACAAUGUGCUCACUCACAGAUUUAAUUAGAGGCACGCUGAUUUUGGCCAGCAGCUGUUUUUAUGAAGACAGCUCACAAAUACACGGAGUGGCGGCCAUUGUGGACUUAGAGGGACUUGGUUUCCAUCAUUUCAGGCAACUAACUCCAUCGUUACUCAUUAAGCUGGCCCACAUCAUGCAGGACUGUGCACCGAUACGAUUGAAGGCUUUGUACAUAAUCAACUACCCAUCUGCGUUCAAGGCCUUGUUUGAAGUCGUGAAACCUUUUAUAAAGCAGAAGCUUUUAACAAGGAUUCACUUCAUUGGGGAAGACGUCUCGCAGCUUUGGAAGAUCUGUCCCCGUGAUCUGGUACCGGCAGAAUUUGGUGGCACGCGAGAUGAUUUCGACUACGACCGCCAAGAUGAGUCUGCACGCCGAAAAAGUGAUUUGUUCGAAGAUUUGUGUCGUUUUGACUGCCCAGCACAGUGAGAGAUAUGUUAAGAGUAGAAGUUACAAUUUUUGACGAAGGAGAAGCAGGUUUUAUAGUUUUUGCUGCAUCUUAAUGACUAUUCAACAAUAUUGCAAAACGAGUUAGUUCGAAUUAUAUAUGUGAACAGACAGCGAGCCUUCUGUUGAAUGCCCAGCAAUUUGGAGCCUUUACCUCCGCGUUAUCAUUAAAAAUGAAGUGAAAUCUCACCGUUCACGCUUUAUUUCAAAACACAAUUGUUCUCUUAUAUCUCGCGCCAUCUCUAUUAUAUAGCAUCAUCAAUGUACAUGCAAGAAGAAUGAUUUCACAGAAAAGUGCCACCACUUUGUUUUAUAUCACUUGAUAGCACAGUGCAUAAGGGUACAUGUGAGGCUUUGGGCUACAUGCCAAAAAGCCAAGGCUGCUGUCAUAUACUGUAUUUCCCGGUCUAUAAGAUGUGUUCUUGCCCCGCAAUUUCAUCGGUGCGUCUUUGGCAACGGUGCGUCUUCUAUAUGCAUGAAACCAAGCCUGCUGACGUGACCAGUAAACACAUAUUUUUUCGCGAGUACAUGAAACCAUGCGCGGCUGCAUUCUAAAAAAAAUCGAAUCUCAUUUUAACCAAAAUUUAAACUGGUAACGAAGGCUUAAACUGGUAGCGAAGUUUCCAUAGAAGACCACAUGUCUGUGUGUCGGGGGGACAACAUUUGUAAAAAAAGAAAUACAGAAAAAGGUUGGACAUCACACCCAGAAAUGGAGGUGACGUUGAGAUGUUAUGGUGCUUGGCGCGAAUAUCUGAAUUGCUUUAUGGUCUGGCAUUUCGACCGCUACGCAAGCAGUUAUAUUUCUUCUCUGAGCUUACGGCUAGCCUCAGCUGAUGUGCUAGCGUGUCACUAAACCGCAGCAGUGCCUGUAUCUUACAGUGAACAUAAUAAAGCUAGUACUUGUGAAAGCUUCAAAGAUUAUGUCAAAGGUUUUGCAGAUGUUCUAUACUGGGACUGUGCGCUGGUCAUAGAACUUAUCAUCCAUGGAAACAUAUGUGUUGUUUGGUCACGUGUAUUGAGUCCUUAAUUCUCCGCGAGUAAAAGUGAACUUCUAUUUGAAACCUUUCUUGUACUGUCAUUCAUUCCCAUCUGUCACGCAAAACGUGCGCUGUCGUGCCAUUCGACGGAACGAACUCGGACGAAAGGGAGUUUACAGCAAACACAAACUUCAUUUCGGCACGUAAACAGAAACAGAGAGUACGAUAACAAUUGGGAACCAAGACCCUGUCAGGCUUAAUAGUUAACAAAGCUUUCCUUCGACAAUGUUCUUAUAAACUUCUACAACAGCAGAACUACCCAAAAUUUUUCACAUUCUAUAACAAGCACAUAACGUGCUGUCCUUGAGCCAGCUUAAGUCUUAAGUGUUCUCAACCAACUAAACGGAACAUAUUCAGCAAAGUUCGCGAUGUCCUUCGUGGCACAUUCACUCACGUGGCCCGCUAACUCCUGGCCCUUGUUCUUGCCUGACGUGGACGCGGCCAGACAGGAAGCUUAUCACUGGUCCUGGAGGUCGACGGCGGCGCCUCACCGAACCAUGCCCUCGGGCGGGACUUGGUUGAGACAGGUGCUCAGGCAGUACCCAGACAAGCACGCCAAGUCCUCACCGGCGUUGCCGGACACA